CAACUCGUCAGAACACCGGCAUGCAUUAUAAGGCAGGGAUGCGUUUUUCGGCAUAACACCUGUUCAGAGGGAAUUGCUGUCUGGUUCAAAGAGAUUUCGAGAGAGGAGAAACAUGUCUGCCCCAGUAGUAAGGGCGACAGUAAGAGCAGUUAGCAAGAGAAAACUGCUUCCAACUCGGGCUGCGUUAACUCUGACGCCAUCAGCAGUAAGUAAGAUUAAACAUCUGUUACAGAACAAACCGGAAUAUAUCGGUCUGAGGGUGGGUGUCCGAACACGUGGCUGCAAUGGACUCUCAUACACUUUGAACUACAUCAAGGAGAAAGAGGAGACGGCAGAUGAGGAAGUGCUGCAGGAUGGGGUAAGAGUCUUCAUAGAGAAGAAGGCGCAGCUCACCCUGUUGGGAACAGAGAUGGACUAUGUGGAGACCAAGCUGGCGAGCGAGUUUGUCUUCAAUAACCCCAAUAUCAAAGGCAUGUGUGGCUGCGGCGAAAGCUUCAGUGUUUGAGCAGGUCGCCCUCCUGUCACACCGCGCUGCCACUUGUUUCUUACUCAGUUGGUUCACCCCCUCAUAAUCUUCCAGAUCAGCUAGGUGUUUCCAAGUAAACGAGAGAUUAAGUGACUCUGGGUAAGCCCAUUCACUGAAGGGGUCUGGAUGUAUCUAUUUUCUGUAAUAUGUAUUGUGUAGAUCACGUAUUUUGGCACUACUUGUGCCCAUUUUGGCUGUGUGGUUUUGCUCUCGACAGUUUCACCCCUGCUACUCAUCCAGAGCAAAGAGCAGUUAAUUCUGCACAGACCUGUGUCAGGUAGCAUAUCUAUGUAUAUAACAAAUUUAUAUGUCUAUGGAAAAACUUGAUGCUAAUCUAUAGCUAAAUCAAACAUCCCCCCCAAGGAAUGGUCCAUGAAGGCUAACAGAAUAUGUCAAAGUAGAUAUACAUGCUUGCAUCCAGACCUCUGUGUGCACCAAGUGUGUCUGGUUUUCCACUGUAAGGUCUUGUAUUGUCACAAACUGAUCACAAAUGAAUGAUGUCGGCCUAAAGUCCCCUUCUGAGGCACCAAAGCUAGGAGUGCAUGUCUAAUACAAAACCAGAGACAUGAAUAUGGUCCCUUCAUAUGUUAGUCUUAAACUGGAUGGUCAUGGCAUUUAAUUUUGGAUGUAUGAGUUUGACUUGAGUUUAGGGCCAGUGGGUAACUCUAAAUAUAUCAGUGCUUUGAAUCACUCUGGGAUACCGUCUGAUUUGUUUGUUUAGAUUAUGAAACUUUUUACCAGUAGUCCAGAGAUGACAGUAUAAUGGUCUUUGCUGAAUUUGCAAAGAGCUUCAGAUAUGCUGGGCUUCCUUCUAGCGAGGGGAAGAGAUAUACAGGUUCGUGCUUGUAUGGUGUGGGACCUGUUAGGCUACUGGUUGGUCUGUUUUGAUGGGAAAUGGAAAGACCGCCAACCAUGGGAUUUUAAGUUUAGUUUCUCCCAUUACUGCUUACUACGUCAUGGAGAAAUUAAUUUCCACCAUAAUUCCCCAUGAUUUUUAUAACCGCUAAGAGUUAUUUGCUUGCUGUCAACAGAGUGGUUUGAGAUUUAAAUUGCUAAAAGCCUAUAAUAGCUCAACGAAAGAGGUUUAUAAAACGAGCACCUCUUUGGCCUCAAUCUAUGUGACUUGGAAAGAAAAGACCAUUGAGGUUGCUGGGUUGUUUACAGUGAUGAGAUGUAUGCUGCCUGUCAAUGUUACAUCCAUGCUUUUUCUUGGUUCUGCUUGUUUGUUCACCUGCGGAAACAUUGGAAUUUGGGGGGAGUGAGGAAUGAUAUCCAGAAUAUGUUUGAGGGGAAAGGGAACCUUUUUUCUAAUUAUUAUUUCUGUUGUUUUAUCCUCUGGUUAUAUGUGUAUAUAUAAAGAAUGUAUAGUACCCUAUAACCCAUAAUGAAACGCACAAAUUACAUAUACAAAAGAGGAAUGGACUAUUUCAGUGUCAGAACAACAGAAUGUGUUCGUACAGUGUGUGGUAUUAUUACUUGUGCAAUAUGUCAAUAAAGUUUCUAACAACGUUG